AUAUUAUCUCAUAAUAAAAUAUUUAACUCAUAGUAUUCUUUGGAGUUCAAAAACCGCAUUGCCUAAGGACAAAUUAGAUCCAAACAAGAGCAUGGGGCUACUUCACGAAAUAACAAUGCAUUUAGUUCAAUACGAACGGCAUUUGACGUGUUUGUAAUAGACGUCCUGGAUGAUUGCGGAUACUUCUUUGGUAAAGUGGAUAACCUGAUGCCUUUGUCAUUCGGUUUUUGUUAUAUUUUAUUCCUUUUGCGUUCUUACCUUGAUGAUCUUAUCGCUACCUUUAUAGGUUGUAACACUACCAUCUUGUAACAGCGUCAAAGUUAUGUCUUAAAUUUGCUUUCACGCGUGUUGAAGGUAAACGAAGGUUGGUUGUAUUUGAAAGUAGGCGUAUUGAUAGUUAGCUAGACUGCAAGUUUUUCUAAAGAUUUGCAAGCUGAGUUCUAGUUCUUGAUUAGUUCACUCUAGUUGGAAUCAGACACAUCCCAUAGACCAAAAUUACAAAGCUCAGUUGUAUUUUACUAUUUUACUAUUCUAGAGACAGGGGACAGUCUAAUAAUAAACCUGCCGAUGAUAGCUUAGUUAUCAUUAAUCUUCAUGAACGUAGGCUGGAUGAUAGUAGUUUAAUAACUAUAUGUUAGAAUAGCCUUACAGUUUUGGUAAAUUAUUAAACUGGACAUGUAGACAUGUCUUAUUGACGUAACUUUAGGUAUACCAACAAGUCAUUUUCCUAUUCUCAGCUUAUUGGCUGCACGUAGAUUUCUUCCUUACUCACAGUAAGCUGUCUGUAUCAACCGUACCAAUAACAGAUUUUACACAACCUGACUCGGUACUGUGUCGGUUACCAGUCAUGCCCCAAACACAUAAACAGUGUUCCUCGUCAUGCUGAUACAGUGAUGUUAGCUUUCCUGAAAUCCAAAACAUUUUGUUUCCGUAUGACAUUUAAAUGGCCGACUUGUUCAUUUCGGUACGAUUUUCUGUCAUUAUCCAGUAGUUUUUCUCACAUUAGAAGUGAGUUCUCUAAUUUGCUAAUUUCGUUCAUUUUAUAUCUGGUAGGAAAUUGAAUUAUUUAUAUAACACAAAGGAUAGAAAUAAAUGUCACAAUUAUUACCAUUUAAAAGUUGGGUAUAAUCUAGUAGUAGGUCGUUACAUAGAAUAUCAGAUCUGACCAAACAAAAUAAGUAUGUAAACAGCGAGGCACGAGACUACAGUACACAACAGGUCACUAACAAAUGGGAUUGAAUGGAUGGGAUGCUCAGCGCAAUUUCAGCGUUUUCUGUGGUUACCAAGUACAGUGGUUACCAAGUACAAUUGAAGAUUUACUUGCAAAGCUGUUGUCAAACAAGUAUUUGAUUAAAAUAUACGAUACAUAUAUCAGAGGACUCGAACAAAAAAACCAACAUAUUUCUAUGCGGUAAAUGGAAAUGAUUAUUAUGAUUGUCCGAAACCUAAUGUUAAAGCAUCACUAGUGAUGAUAUCAGGAUUUUAAAGCAGUGAUGGAAUGCAUUAAUUGUAAUCAAGUUAACAAAUGUUUGGUUUCAAUAGUACAUGUAAAGUUGUAAUAAACUGUCUUACUCAGUAUUAUUCUGAAUUUCAUUAUGAUUUCGAAGCUAGAUGGUUGUAGUUAUUUCUGCUUCAAUUGAUCGACCAUCUUUUAGUUCACACAGUAUACGUAUCGUCACUCAUACACAUGCUGAUGUCGCACGGUUGCCCAAACUCGUAAAGUAAGGUAUUAAUCAAAUAGGCUACAAAUAAUUUGAUAGAAUGACCGGGAGAUAUCAUUAUAAUAAGGACAUCUCAGAAGCAUUCUGCAAACAGAAAUUGAAUUGUGUUCUAUCUAAUACAAUAAGCCCUUAAAUGAUUAUAUUUAAUUAGUUAUUUAUAUUUUCCCAACAUUUAUAUUUUCCUAUUUCCUAACAUCGUGGUUGAUUCCCUAAUUACAAACAUAAAUACUAGUAACACUCGAUAGCACACAAGAAACACAUCUAUUAUUCAUGUAUUAAAUUGUUUCUCGUCUGUUAAUAACAUUGAGAUGGUGUAAUUCUACUGUCAAACUAUCACGAUGCCUCAGUACCAACAUUUAGCAUUGCUGCCUUAUAGAAACGUGUCGUUGACUCUACAGACUAUUAGAAAAGAGACAACUGAUCAAUGCUUCUUUACGUAUAUCAAUUAUCCUUCCACGCAAAGUCUUAUAUAGUAAAAUAAAGGGUUUUUGUUGUUGUCGCAAUCAUAUAGUUCAAACGUGUCAGUAGAAAUUAAGCGGCCAAAACUGAAACAAAAACGCAGACUGCUGUAAUAACCAUAUGAUAAGUCAUGGAUUGACGUCUGAUAUCGAGACUUAGUGUAUGGAGAUAACAGUAUCUAUAUGUGACACAGGUAUCUCCCUAUUUGAAUACGGUUUUAGGUGAAGGACAACUACACAUUUGUCCAGUUGAGUACAUUGUUUUACCGAUAUAUAAAUUUAUAAUUAUUCCAUCAACUUAUGCAUUAAGCGAACUCGAGCUUUUUAGUAUUGAAUAUGUAAAUGGUAAACAUAGUGUAUUCUCUAUUUGAUAGUGUAACACCAAUCAGCACGUUCCGGUGGAUGUCGAGAUGGACAAAUCCUGUGACUUCAGAUUGGGUGAGGACGGUUCCUUUGAGGUAACAGAGAACGUUCAACGUACAUUCUGGGACAAAGGUUACAUCAUUAUCAGGGGUUUAUUGGAUCAAGAGGAGCUGAAUAAGGUGAAAGAAGUCAUAGACAAUCCCGACGUUCUUAAGUACCAGUAUGGCAGACCAGACAAAAGCGGCAAGGAACCAAAACUUAUACUAUGGCAACAUCCCGGUGAUGACGUCACGGGAAUGUUGGCUCGUUGCCAGAAGGUGGCAGGAACAUGUGAAAAGCUUCUUGGAGGCGAGGUUUACCAUUACCAUACCAAACUUGUCACCAAGCAACCAUACAUUGGGGGCACCUUUGAAUGGCAUCAGGAUUAUGGGUACUGGUACAAGUACGGCUGUCUGUUCCCUGAUAUGAUGAGUGUUUUUAUUGCUGUGGAUCAAUGUAGGAAAGCCAAUGGAUGUCUCCAGCUACUGAGCGGUUCCCACAAAUGUGGCAGGAUUGACCAUACGAUCGUGGCCCAUCAGACUGGGGCUGACGUCACUAGGGUAGCGGACCUACAGGGACAACUUCAACAUGUAACUGCCGAACUGGACGCAGGUGACGCUCUGUUCUUCCACUGUAAUGUACUUCACACAAGUAGUGACAACACUAGUUCUGAUAUCAGACGAGCGCUUAUUCCUGCCUACAACCGGAAGUCUAACGAUCCUGGACCACACCAAAAACAUCCGGGCUAUCGUCCAAUGAAACAGGUUCCCGAUGAUGCUGUUCGACUAUGCACAAAUACGACCAACUUUGAGGGUAAAGAUUUCUGGAUCGUACAACCACAACUAUAACACCAUACAAGUGACACCAUACAAGGAACACCAUACAAGUGAUACCGUACAAGUGACACCACACAAGGAACACCAUACUAGUAACUCCAUACAAGGAACGCCAUACGAGUGACACCACACAAGGGACACCAUACUAGUAACUCCAUACAAGGAACGCCAUACAAGUGACACCACACAAGGAACACCAUACUAGUAACUCCAUACAAGGAACGCCAUACAAGUGACACCACACAAGGAACACCAUACGAGUGACACCACACAAGGAACACCAUACUAGUGACACCACACAAGGAACACCAUACUAGUAACUCCAUACAAGGAACACCAUACGAGUGACACCACACAAGGAACACCAUACUAGUGACACCACACAAGGAACACCAUACUAGUAACUCCAUACAAGGAACGCCAUACAAGUGACACCACACAAGGAACACCAUACGAGUGACACCAUACAAGGAACGCCAUACAAGUGACACCACACAAGGAACACCAUACUAGUAACUCCAUACAAGGAACGCCAUACAAGUGACACCACACAAGGAACACCAUACUGGUAACUCCAUACAAGGAACGCCAUACGAGUGACACCACACAAGGGACACCACACAAGGAACACCAUACUAGUAACUCAAUACAAGGAACGCCAUACGAGUGACACCACACAAGGGACACCACACAAGGAACACCAUACUAGUAACUCAAUACAAGGAACACCAUACAAGGAACGCCAUACGAAGGACAUAACUGAUGAAGUGGACAUCUAAUCCGGAUUCAAGCAAUCGGACAAAUCUUACAUAUAUUUAAUAUUUUUGAAAAAUGAUUGUUCUAACUGAUCUCGAUGCUAAUAGAUAUUAGUUACAUUUGGUUGGUAUGGUUUAACGUCCUAUUAACAGCCAGAGUCAUUUAAGGACGUACCAGGUUUUUGAGAUUGAGGAAAGCCACCGGUCUAAAGUCAGUACCUGGCAACUGCCCCACGUAGGUUUCGAACUCGCAACCCAGAGGUGGAGGGCUAGUGUUAAAGUGUCCGGACGCCUUAACCAAUCGGCCGCCGCGGCCCCUUAAUUAGUUAUAAGUAUACCAAACAUAUCCAUAUUUCAGUGAAUAUGACAUAUAUUUAAUCAUCAUGUUUGCAUGUAUACACAAUAAACAAGCAAACUAUGAAGAUAC